AUGGCGACGCAGACCAAGACGGCGACGGCGACGGCGUCUACGUAUGGCUCGGCGCUGGUCCGUGGCACGCACCAGCUGCGCAUCCGCGGCUACGGCAAGCGGAAGGCCAUAAAAUCCCGAGGCUUCGAGGCCGGCGGCCACCUCUGGGCCAUCUCCUGCGUCUUCGACGACGACCACGAGCUCUCCUCCGUCUCCCUCGAGCUGCUCCACACCGGCUCCGCCAGGGAUGUCGUCGCUAUGGCCACCCUCAGGAUCGAGCACCCAGCCGGUUGCGACCGGCGGCCUUCAGCUGAGCGGCGGAGCGGUGACGCGCACGUCUUCCCGGCUUGGCCCACUCCUUCGGAGUCCACCAUGGCUACUUGCAGAAGCUGGGAGCUGUCGCUGCUCCUGCCCCGCCACGAGUACUGUUACUUGGAUGAUGACUGGGCCCUGAAUGACAAUAGCCAGCAGGAGGACUUAGUUGACGAGGACGGUUGCUUCUAUGUCUACUGCGCCGUGGAUGUGCUCCAGGAGGACUCGGACACACCCACAGAUCAGAUCUCCGUCGUGCCGCCGCCAAAAAUAUCCGAGGAUCUUGGAAGGCUGCUUCUUCUUUCUCAUGGAGAAGGGGAGGGGCAGGGAGAGCUGGAGAUGGAGACGGAAUUGGAGUUGUGGCGGAGGCGCUGCAUGCUGCCUGACGUCACGUUCAUCGUCGAGGAGGCUGAGAUCCAGGCGCACAAGCUCAUGCUCGCCAUGCGGGCCAUGCUCCACUUCAUCUACACUGACGAUCUGCCUCCUAUGAAACCAUGCAACAUGUCGGCUAUGGCACUCGACCUUCUCGUGGCUGCGGAUCGGUAUGAUAUCGAAGGCCUCAGGCUCGUGUGCGAGAACAUACUGUCUGAAAAUGUGACACCAGGGUCUAUCCUGCCAAUAUUGAUGGCGGUGCAUGGUAGGCAAAGCUGCCAAUCACUAGAAGACUUGUGCAUCCAAUACAUGGCGUCCGAUCCUGAUGUGUACGCCGCCGUGAAGGGGACGGAGGACUACAAGGAGCUCAAGGAAACUUGUUGCUAUUUUAUACUCGACAUCACCGACAAAGUAGCCAAGACUAGCAUGGCCAAUACUCCCGGCCCUGAUGCUCCUUCCUCCUCAAACAGCAGACGUCAACAGCAGAUGAGCACGUCCAACUCGUCAGAGGUGGUUCAGGGAACACAUGAGUUUAAAAUCCCACACUUCAUUGCCGUACAAAGGAAGCAUGGAGUUGGCAAAGAGAUCAGUUCCAGCACUUUUCAGGUCGGUGGCUACGAAUGGAGGGUUAAGGUAUACCCAUCCUCAUCAUCGGAGAUGGCAAAAGGGCACGUCUCUGUGUACAUCGAGCUAUUGACAAAUCCUGGACCUACCGGUGUCAAGGCGACGGUGCGCUUCAUGAUGGAUGCCCGUAGAGGAACUGGACAGAUAAAAUGGUUAGAGAAAACAUUUACAGUCAAGUCAGAUUGGGGGUAUGCAUACUUCAUCACCACGAACUCCGCCAAGUGGGGACACGUAGAACACGAUGGUUCCAUUACCAUACACUGCGAUGUUUAUGUCGCGAAGGUUUGCUCGACCCAAGAUGGCACCAUAGCCACAAUGUCACCUUCCAAGAAUAGCUCGCACCUCAAGCAGCUACUUGUGUGCGAGCAAGGAUCGGACAUAAGGUUCCUUGUCGAGGAUAGCGAAAUACGAGCACACCGUCUCCUGAUUGCUGCGCGCUCCCAAACCCUAUACGAAGCAGUGGAAGUGGUCAACAAGGGCGAUGACCACAACAUACUGGUCAAUGACACGACGGUCGCAGUCUUCAAGGCCAUGCUCCACUUCAUCUACACCGACGAACUGCCUGCUAUGGUGGACCUAGCCCCUGGUGUCGAUGAAGAUGAAGUGACGGUAGCCCAAGACUUGCUGGUUGCAGCGUGCCGGUUCCGCCUACAAAGGAUGAAGGCCAUGUGCGAGAACUUGUUGGCGGCCCUCGUCUCGGAAGAGAAUGCACUAAGCACGUUGGAGCUGGCACAGAACCUCCAUUGCUCGAACCUCGAGAACUAUUGUAGCGAGUUCAUCCGGUUGGCCAAACUAGUUCAAGGAGGAUGUGUAGAUUAUAGGCUGCUCAACAAGUUUAGCACAUAUUGA